UCCCUUUUUUUUUUUUUUGGUUGUUGUUGAAAAUAAACUUAAAGUGGCGAUAAGGAGACAAAGAAAGAAAGAAAGAAAGAGAGAGAGAAAAGAGAAUGAAUACAUUAUAUGAGAAUAACGAUAACUUGGCUGAAGAGUGUGAGGAUCCUCACUGUCACGGAUGUCAAAAGGUGAUUGAAGAUGGUUCAGUGGUUCAGUUUGGUGAUGGCAUUUGGCACUUUGAAUGUUUCCGUUGUGCAAAGUGUCAUAAACUAGUUGAAUGUUACAGUAACCUGCUACUCUUACGAGACGGAAGCCCUAUUUGUGAAGAGUGCUCCUAUAGUUGUCAUGCUUGUGGAAAGACAAUAAAAGAUGAAGCUAUCAUGACAGGCGAAGAAGCUUAUCAUGCAAACUGUUUUCGAUGUAUUCAAUGCAGCAAGAAGAUUGAGGAUCUUGUCUUUACACAGACCAGCAAAGGCAUUUAUUGUACUAAAUGUCAUGAAGCAAGAAAACUACUUCGCCUCAAAAAACGUGAUGAAAGGAAUAACAAUGUAAUUUCCAUUAGUAAUGUUGCUUCAAUGUUUUAAUCCUACUUUAAAAAUAGAAAAAAUCAGGGGAAGAUACUAAACGUCCGAUCCUACCCAAUUUUCGCUCUUCAUCCACCAC